AUGGCGUCAUUGGUCUGGACAACACCUACGUCAUCUUCUGCUUCUUCUCUGUUUUCUCGCUGUUCUCUGACCCAACGGAACUUCGUCGCCGGACGAUCUCUUGCUCCGAACGCCGUUAGAUGUGAGCUGACAGAGCCAGUGAAUGGGAAGCCUUGUGUUCCCAUUAUCAGUGAACAAACUCUUCCAAAGUUCUUGCAAUCGAGGCGACUGGAGGAUGCGUUAACUAGAAAUAGUAAUACCAGGCUUAAAAUUUUUUCUGGCCUGUCAAAUUCUGCACUUUCUCAGGAAAUUGCUUGGUAUAUGGGGCUUGACCUGGGAAAAAUUCACAUCAAGCGGUUUGCUGAUGGAGAAAUAUAUGUUCAAUUACAAGAGAGUGUUCGAGGCUGCGAUGUGUACCUUGUCCAGCCCACAUGCCCACCAGCUAAUGAAAAUCUUAUGGAGCUUUUGGUCAUGAUAGAUGCUUGCCGAAGAGCGUCAGCCAAGAAUAUCACUGCAGUGAUACCAUACUUUGGAUAUGCUAGAGCUGACAGAAAGACCCAGGGACGAGAAUCUAUUGCUGCCAAAUUAGUGGCCAAUCUUAUCACAGAAGCAGGUGCAGAUCGUGUUCUUGCUUGUGACCUUCACUCUGGACAGUCAAUGGGUUACUUUGAUAUUCCAGUGGACCAUGUAUACUGUCAGCCUGUCAUCCUCGAUUACCUGGCUAGCAAGAAGAUUUGUUCCAAUGACUUGGUGGUAGUCUCCCCCGAUGUUGGAGGUGUUGCACGAGCACGAGCUUUUGCUAAGAAGCUAUCUGACGCCCCUUUAGCCAUUGUGGAUAAAAGGCGUCAGGGCCAUAAUGUUGCUGAGGUAAUGAAUCUGAUUGGUGAUGUUAAAGGAAAAGUUGCGGUUAUGGUGGAUGACAUGAUUGACACUGCGGGAACUAUUGCCAAAGGUGCAGCUUUGUUGCAUGAGGAAGGUGCUAGGGAAGUCUAUGCGUGCAGCACUCAUGCUGUCUUUAGCCCUCCUGCAGUUGAGAGAUUGUCUAGUGGCCUAUUCCAAGAGGUGAUUGUCACAAACACUAUUCCUGUAAUGGAGAAGAACUACUUCCCACAAUUGACGGUUCUUUCAGUUGCAAACCUCUUGGGGGAGACAAUUUGGCGAGUUCACGAUGAUUGUUCUGUGAGUAGCAUUUUCCAGUAA